UUUUUGAUCUGGCAACAGUAUGCAAUUACACGACAACAUAAUAAACAAAUCACCGCACUUUAUUUGAAAUCUCUUAUUCUAUUUCUGUUUUUAAAUAAUAGUCCUAAGUAUGGUUCGAAUAAAUUGAAAUUCAUUGAUAUGUGGGGAAUAUUGAGGACUUUUAAUUUCUUUUUUAUUUUUUCAUUACUAAGACUACACGGAUUUUCUUUAGGAGAUAAAUUAUCGUCUGUCAAACCAGUGAAUACACAGCAUGAAACUUGUUCUGAAAGGAAAUAUCUUAUCAUUGCUACGAUUGAUGGGAAUAUAACAGCUGUGGAUUUUAAUUCCGGAGAGGUGUGCUGGUCUUUAGUAUUAGACAAGAACUCCUUUUUGCAUUCCAGUUUGUGUAACCUUCAGGUUCGAGAAAAUGAAGAUCUUGUGGAUCUUGUUCCAUCUCUUGACGGCAAUUUUUUCAAGUAUGACAAGUUUAAAUUGGCCCCUUUAAAUAUAUCAGUUGAAGAUAUUUUAUACAGCCACAAGUCUCUUUUUCCAUCUACAAGGAGUGUUGGUGGAAAAUUGAAGUUUGUUUUCGGUGUUGAUCGCCAAACUGGGCAGGUGGCUUAUAAUUGUUCAUCAUCAGGCUGUGAAAACUUAAGAAAAAUAUUUCCUGAAGAUAUUUUAGUUGUAGAACAAAUUGUACGUUAUGUGAAUUCAAUUGAUGAAGUUAGUGCAGAACUAAGGUGGAAGUUAAAAGUCAGUGAAUUAUUCAUAACUAGAACUGUAGGGCAACCUAUGUCUGGACAUGCUGCUUUCUCAAAAGUAAAUCAGCCAUCCGAAAGUACUGCUCUAAUUUUAGGAAAUGGAAUUUAUGAUAAAAAUUUAAUUAAUAGAGUUAAAAUAUCAUUGCUUAAAGGAAUUGUUGGUUUAUUAAAAGAGGAUGAAAUGGAAUUUUCUUGGUUUUUUAAGACAUCAUCACAAAUAAUUGAUGCUUGGCUUGUGAAUGACUGGGUUUAUUCGUUAGACCCUUUUUCUAGUAAUUCAGAAUUCUUUGAAUUAGAAAAUGAAGAUGGGAAACACAUUGCAUUGCUGUAUUUAGGCUUCUAUAUGGAUCAACUUUUUGUUAUUCAGUCUAAGAAACUACGUUUAAAAGACACAAAGACUAAUGCUUUAUCAAAUGACUUUGCGUAUGAAGCAUAUUGCUUGAGAACAAAAGAUAUCAAGCCUCAAUUCCCAGCUCCAAAUAAUACAAAUGCACUAAUUCCAGCAAAUACUUUGAUAAAUGAUGGUGGACAUUACUUUUAUGUCAAUUUCUCAGUUUAUGAAAAUGAAACUCACUGUAUAGUAGGAUUCAGCUAUCCAAAAUACUCUGAUAAAGCUAUGGAUGUCAACAUUUGGCUUAAAUUACUUUUGCUGAUGGUCGUUGUGAUUGUCGUGACAUUAGCUUUUCUCUUCUGGUGUAUUCAUUAUAAAAGAGUCGCCACUACAAGUACCUCUACAGUUGAUACAUCAUUUACUAAAGUUCAAGCAGAAGAGGAGUUUGUUUCAAGGUUUCAGAAGGAAUUUCAUUUUAUUACAAUCUUAGGAAAAGGCGGAUUUGGAGUUGUUAUGGAAGCAAAAAAUAAAAUUGAUGACUGUGAUUAUGCUGUAAAAAGAAUUCGUAUUAUUGUAGAUGGAAGAAAAGAACGACGCUAUGAUGGAGUGCUACGAGAAGUUAAAGCCUUAGCAAAACUUGAUCAUCCCCAUAUAGUUCGUUAUUUCAAUUCUUGGGUCGAGAAUCCACCAGAAGGCUGGCAAGAUGAAAGAGAUCAAGUGUUAAAUAUUGCUGAUGUUACCCAGUCUGUUCAGCGUUCAUCAGUUGAACAAUCGCAUAUUUCGUUAAAAUCAAGAAAAAAGAAAGUUAAAAUCACUUCACCCAAGAAAUUUGAGGAAUAUAUGUCAGAGGAAAGUGUAGACCGCAAUGUCAAAAUUGCUCACAAACUUCAAUUCAAUCCAUUGGGAAAUGAUUUUUUCGAUUGGGAUGAAGAGCCAGAUAGGAAACCUUUCUCUACUGGAUCUUCAGAUUCAUUUUUUAAUAGUGAAUUGAGUAAUGUUGAAAGUUCUCAGUCUUCAUCAAGUAAUGUUGAAUCAUUACAUGAAGAAAGCACCACAAGUUCUCUUGAUAUAACAUUCACUAAUGAUACUAUUGAAAAAUCAGAUGAAUCAAGCAUAGAAAACUCUAAAAUUAAAUCUUUGUAUGCAUUACAAGAACACCUACAAAUCUCCAAAAUUAAUUUAUCUGAAAACUAUGAAGAUCUGGAAAAGAACUCUGUUGAACCAGUCUUAGUUCCUUGCUCUAUGCAAUUAUAUAAUGAAAAUAAUGUGUUUUUCUUUGUUCAGCUAGUAAAUAAUUGUUUAUUUUAUAAACUAAGUGAAGAUGAUUUGGCACAGCUACGAAAAUGUUUGUUUUCUGAUAUCUCAAGAGCUGAAAGUGAGAACCUGAGUUGGUUGAGUUAUACUGAAAUAUUUAAUUAUGAGGGUAAAGAGUUAAUAUUAGACACACUCUUAAAAUUCCGUUGUUGGGUUAUAUCUCUUCUCUGUAUACUUAGACCUUUUAAUACGUAUUAUCACAAUUUGCUGAAGAACAACUUGUGUAACAUUUUGUGGGAUGUAAAUUUAUUCCUUGAUAAUAGCCCUUAUUCAAUCAGUUCUGAUCAAACUCGUUUUUCUGGAAUGAGACCUUAUAGCUCAAUUGUGCAAACUGCUGUUUUUUCUCAGAUUAAAGAUUUAAAUAUGACUUUGUGUUGGCCAAUGAAAAAGAAAUGUCUUCUUCAAUUAAGUACUUUUAUAUUUUGUGAAGAUCAGACAAUGCAUAUACCUAAGUGGAAAUUUGUUUUCCUGCAAAAUGACUGUGAUAUAUAUGUUAAAAAUCUUCAACUGUUUCAAAUCUGGAUUCUUUCAGUUUUUGCAUGGUUGGAACUGCAUAGUGAAAGUCAUUUCGAUGUUGUUAUUAGGAAUUUGUGUAAUAUUUUGCAUCAGUUAGACAUCGUUUUGGAUAAUGAAUUAUUAAAACCAAUGACAAGUGGUGGUUAUCCUUCUAAUGCUGACAGAAUUUUGUCACUUGAUUGCUCUCAAAAAGAAUUUAUGUUUUACCCGAAACCACUUAAAAGUACUAUCAAGCCUUCAAUGCUCGAAAAGAUUAAUAAACCAGGAUAUUUAUACAUUCAGAUGCAACUAUGCCAAAGAGAGAGCUUUGAAAGUUGGCUUCAUUCACACUCAAAUUCUAGAGAUUAUGAUGAAAUAAUGAAAAUAUUUGCUCAAAUUAUUGAUGCAAUGGAUUAUGUGCAUUCUUGUGGUCUUAUGCAUCGGGAUUUAAAACCAUCAAAUAUAUACUUUUCCAAAGAGGGAUUAAUUAAAAUCGGAGAUUUUGGAUUAGCUACGCAAACUGAAGCUCAACAUGAAGGAUUUGAAUUAUCAUCUAUGGAUGUUACACUUUCUCAUACACACGGUAUUGGCACGCCAACAUAUUUGAGUCCUGAACAGUGCUCAAAGAAAAUUUACGACGCCAAGACGGAUAUGUAUUCGUUAGGACUAAUUUUUUUUGAACUUUUGCUGCCAAUGAAAACUGGUUUUGAAAAACGUGAGAAAUUUGCAAGUGCCAGAAGACAUAUGUUUGAUCCCCAGUUCAUCCAAAAGUAUCCUAAAGAGUGUGAGAUUAUUAGGAGACUUUUAUCAUAUGAUCCUGAUCUUAGACCUUCAGCGAGUGAAUUGAAGUGCCAUCCAUUAUUCCUGCCAUACUUACAGUAUUUAAAAAAUUAAUUUGUCUUUCUUGUUUAAAUGUAACUGUCAUUAUAUUGUGAAUAAUAUUUUGAUUAAGAGCUUGAAUAAAUUUAUUUUAUGCUCAAAAACAUACUUUAUAUGGCAGGCCAAAAAAUAGUUUUUUGCAUUUGUUGAUCUGACAGAAAUUAUUUUUUAAAUUGCUUCACUUUUUGUCAUUUUUUUUAUUUUGUUUAUCUGAAUACUUGCUUAUAAACUUGAACAUAGUUUAGAUACCUUUAUUUGGCAUUGAACUUGUAACAUUAAAAGUGUUUCUGAAAUUUUUAAGAAUUAUUUAUUUGAAACAGACAGUUUUUUUAUUGAGCCUUAUAUCUAUUUUCAAAAACUACUAAGAGCCUUUAGCUACUACUAGCCUUUAUGAAAUUUUUAAAUUAAUAGGUUUUUCAUUUUAUUACAUAAUGAUUUGACUUUGUUCACCAGUUCAUUUAUCCUCACCAAUUCACUACUUGUGUAUUUAUAUAUUUGACCUGCUGCCUUUGUCAGUAUUGUUCUGAGUACUUGAAGCCCCAUUGCAGUGAGUUCCUCGUUAUGAACUCACUAUCAUAUAGUAUCCAAAUCAUAUAGUAGAUUUAAAAAAAAUAGCAAUACAGAUUUAAAAACAACUUCAAACAGGUAUCUACAAAUGACACUGAUUGCAGACUGUACUCCAGAACUAGACAAAUAUGGAUUCUUAUUGAUUUGAUAGUAUGUGCAUUCAUUUUUAUUAAAUUAUACAAUAAAACUCAUGUAAAGGGAAAGAUAACAUCGAUUUUGCAUUGCAAUCUGUAAAAAUUUUAUGAGCUUUCACAAACUUUAAAUAUGAGACUUUUAUUAAACAUUUUCAUAUUUUCUGCUUUAAUAACUAUUUUAAUUUCUAUCCCACACACAUAAAACAGCAUGGAUGUAAAAUAGAGUUAAGUUAGUACUUACUUUUUAUUUCUAACGCCAGUCAAUAAAAACUUAAUAUUUAUCUAAUAUAUCUUUGUAAUGCCCUUUUGACUAUUGUUUUUUUUUUUCUUUAUGAAAGUGAUUAAACAUUGUGUAUGAUUGCACCAUGUUGUAAUUUGCUAUCUAUGCAAAUGAAAUUUGCAUAUAUGAAUUCUACUGGAAUUUUAAAAAAAAAAAAAAUUUGUUGCAAAAUCAUUUUGCUGUCCUCAAACAAAGCAACUGUUUGCUUUACACUACCUAAAAUUUAACAUUGUCAGGAUCAGGAAGUGAUUAACAAUGACUUCAUAUGCGUAAACUUUUUUUCAAACAAUGUCAUCACUUUUCCUGAUAAUCAAGAAAUAUCACUUUCAAAAUCGUAACUUUAGCGAUUAUAAAGAUAUUCCUUUGUGAGUACAAAAAAAAAAGGCAGAUGACAGUCUUAUAUUCUUGUUAAAAACUCUCUGAUUCAUUCAUCUCAUGAAACAUUGCAUAAUUCUAUGCUUGAAAUUAUCAGAAAAAAAACUAAGAUCUGUAAUUCCAUCAAAAAAUUGUGUAGUGUUGCUACAACUCUUUCCUUUUUAUGAGUAUCAGUCAGCCUAUUUCUGCCCAAACUGUCUGACUGUUUGAGAUAGCCUCUCUGUGAAUAAAAUAAGCAGUUCAAGUCUGCCAAUUUUUGGGUAAAGUAUAGUGGGAUAAUUUACAAAUUUAGUACUAAUGCAUUUAACAACUAUGGCGUAUCCCAAAUCAUCACCAACGAGUACAAAUAAAGUGAGAUAAAAAUAUAUGUGUAGAAAUAAUGAUCACAAGGGUAAAAAAUUACUGAAGCAAUUUUAAUGGUGAUUAACUUAAUUAUCAAGAUUUACUCAUUAAAAUAAAUUUGACCAUGUAGCAUAAUAAAAUAAGGUAAUAACAAAUUACACAAAACUAAAUCAACAUGUGACAAACAGAUUUAGAGUGAACACUUAAAGAAAAAGAAUUGCACUUCUAGAGUCGAUUGAAUUUAAAGUCACUUAUCUUGCAUGUGUGCUUGACUUGGCUUGAAAUCUUAAGGAACUGAGAAACCUUUUUAAGUUUUUAGGUUAUUAUUUGGAUCUAUAUAUAAAUUUUUCUGUCCUGUUGCAGCAAUAGUUUCAGGGUUGAUGUAUACUUUGCUUCAGAAUUUAUAUCAAAACAUCUUCUUUUUCUAAUCAGAUUCAACACAGCUCUCUCCAGGUCUUAGCCCUCUCUUCUCAGGUUCCCUCUCCUUACCCAAAAAUUGGCAGACUUGCUUAUUUUAUUCACAGAGAGGCUAUCUCUAACAGUCAGGCAGUUUGGGCAGAAAUAGGCUAACUGAUACUCGUGAAAAGGAAGGAGUGUUGUAGCAACACUACAAUUGUGAACAGUGAAAACCGUAUCAAAGUGACGUGCCAUUAUCACUCUUCCUACUUUUGAUUCAUGACUUUUAUCUUCUCCCCUGAGUCACACACCGGUGAAUAUUUAGAUUCAGAAUUAAUAUGGAUUGCCCUAUAGUAUGCUUAAAAAUAAUAUUUUGUUGUACAUUACAGUCAAUGCUGGUAAUAUCAAAACUCUGCAAGGAAUAUUCUCAAGUGAGAUAUUUUUCCUUGUUAUACAUACAAGAAAUUUUAUUGCUCAAGAUAUAUUGAAUGAAUACAAAUCAAAAUCUACCAUUAAAACAAUAAUAGCAUUGUAUUACAAUAUCCACUGCAAAAUUAUACAAAAUUCAAAUAUUGAUAUUAAAAAACUUAAAUAAGUGAAACGUUAUAACUAAAAAGUAGUAAUAUGUCAAAUUUUUAAUUUGAGACUAAGUCCUUGAUAGAUGACUUAUUUUAGCCCUUUGAGCGAUGCCAUGGCUCUUGACUUAAGCAGCUUUUGUUAACUGGUGUCGCCUCCUCUUGCUGACUAAUAUACCCAAGGUUUGCCUAAAUCAAAAUCUCUAGGAAUAUUAUUAUUAGGUUUUUCUGUAAUCCUCACCCACCUUUCUUUUUUUAAUCUUCCUCCUCUUUUUAUGGUAUUUUUCUCUAAGUCACAAUUUUUAAAGUACAAACGAUGUCAUGAACUUCGUAUGAUUACAAACUUCAUCCUGCAAAAACAAGUAUUGUACUUAAAAAUAACACCCCAUAGUUCUGAAAGGGACUAAAAUGAGAACUAAGUUCUUUUCUCGAUGGACCAAAUUUACAGAAGUUUGUUUUGACAGGUUAUAACUUUAGAUGUGUGAUGACAAAGCAUGAAACAAAAAUAUUUGAAGUAAAGCUUUAAAAGAAUUCGAAAUGCUUAGCUAUUAUUAACUGACUGAUUUCAAUUAUCAACUGAUUGACUAGUUUUGUUAUUAAAAACUGCUUGCAUCUUUUUUAUGCAUUGUUUGUAUGCAUAACAGCUUGGUGAAAUUCUGACCAAAAUAUUUACUUUCCAGUUCUUAAGUAAUUUGAAUAAUAAGUAUUUAAGUUGUUAUAAAACACAAUGACAUAUUUGUUAUGCUCAUGUGUAUUACAUAUAAUCUGUGCAAAAACGUUGGACAAGUGCUUGUUCCUUAACUGUCUAGAACAAUACUUUUUCUUGAUUUCCUCAAUAUUUUUACAGAGAAUUAUCACUGUAUACAUACAGAUGAGUGAAAAAUAAUUCAAGCACUUCUUUAAUAAUUUUAUGUAAACAAUCUUUUAGCAGCAAAUGCUUAGGAAAAUUUUGCAUGGAAAAACUCUUGGAGCAAUUUUAAGCAUAAUGCUUGAAGCUAUUAGUAAUGGUCUCAUUUUCUCUCCUGCAAAAUUCCGAAAUGAGGAGAGGAAACUUAUAACUUCUUUCUAGUUUUAAUACCAGCAGUUUUGAAAUCCUUCUAUAGGAUAGUCAUAUUUAUAUCAAUGCUUUUAGGUUUAUAGUGAUAUUAAAAAAGGGAAAGAGCUAAAAGUUUAUAUGUUAUUUUUCACUCAUCUGUCUAUCAACAUUUGUGUUUAUGUAGCAAGAUAUAAUAAAAAAAUGUAAUGUAUGCUUGUUUUGUGCAAUAUUAGUUAAACUUUCUAUGUUCUAUGUAUGUAUAAUUCAUUACUUAUAUGUAUGUGCAAUUCUUUACAUCUAUGUAUGUAUAAUUCUUUACUUCUUACUUUAACCUAAGAAUACAUAUUUAUAGUAGUGUGUCUAGAUUUUUUUAAAUAACUGUGAUUUUCUCAAAAUAUUAAUAACAUAACUAAUAUUAAUAACUAAUAUAAUAUUCUAACUUAAUAUUAAUAACAUAAAUUGCUGUUAUUAUGAAGCAGCUUAUACAUGAAUGUAUCUGCAAAAAGAUAUUUUUUUAUACUUUUCCACCAUUUUUAAAUUUCUGAAUAUUCAAUAUCUAAAAGAAAUUGCAAUAGAUAAUAAAGCAUUUAGGCAAUUCAGUUGUUAAAUGAUCAAAAUAAUUUUUAUAUAUAUAACCACCAAUUUUAUUUUAUAAUGACAUAUACACAUGCCCACUAACAUUUGAUGUUUUUGCAACAAAUGGAAAUGGAACAAAUGAAAAUUUAGUGAAAGUUGUAUUAGAUUUUAAACACAGAACAAUUAGUCUGCCGGACCUUUAAUAUAUCUGUUUAUAUUAUUUUAUACAUGGUGGUUGACAAAAUUCUUUUAAAUUUAGUUUAUUAAAAUAUUGAGACAUUACCUUGACUACCUCCAGGAAAAACAUUUUUAGAAAUUAAAAGAUAUUCUAUAAUAGUUGGAGGAUAUGUAUUCAUUUAAAAAUAAAUAAUACAUUUAACUAUUUUUGUAUGUUCUUUAUGUAUCUGUUAAGUACUGGUAUUGCGCAUAUGCUAUGUGAAAGCAAUAAAUUUCUGAAGUUUUGGAGUUUCUUUUCAUAUAGAAAACUAGAAGAAGCAAUGUAAGUUGUUGCUGCUUGGUAAAAUGUUUAAUCAUUAAUAAGUUGUAUUAACUUCUGGCUUCAAAUUUUUAAAAGUGUAUUUGUGUAUACAGUUAUACAUUUUCAUUAGUUUCUACUAUAUUUUGCUUUGUUUUACUUCAUAAAAGUUAAUGUAAUUUUCAUAUACAAAAAAAAAGGAUUUCCAGAGGCUACUUUUCUUUACAUAGCUUAUUGUGUAAAUCUAUAAGUGAUUUUUAACAUUGUUAAAACUCAAAAAUUUACUUUGCAAUUGUUUUUAAGUAAACUUCAUUUAAAAAUUCUGUGAUUAAAUAUUAAAGAAAAUUUGUCCAUAAAUCAGAAUUAAAAUUUAAGUCGAUGCAAGUUUCCACUCCAGUUAUAAUUUUGAAAACUAUUAACUUAUACACAUUUUACACAAUAAAACUUUUGUUCAAAAUGAUGUUCUAAAUCAUUCUUUAUAUUUGUUGAAGCGAACAUGCGUCUAAUUUCUUUAAGAUAUGCUAUUGAGAAAAGCAUUUUAUAUUUCCUUUAUUUUUUCACCAUAACUGAUGAAGCUGAAUUGCUUUUACUAUGUGUAAAAACUGGUAUGGACAUAUACAUUUUUGUUUUUAAGUGUCAUUUAUUCAUGAAAUUUUUUAGUACAGUUUUUAUUUAUUUAUUUUUUAAUAUAUCAUUUUGGUAAUCGGCAUAAUUUAGAUGUUCUUCCAAGUGUUCCAUGCAUUGUUAAAUUUAACUAAAAUAAUUAUGUAGUACUCUAUUUCGUAAAUUUCUUAUGUGUCAUUCAGGUUUGCAUUUUACUGAGAUUUUUAUCCUAAAUUCAAUUGUAUAAUUAAACAUUUAAUGUUAUCUACAUUUUUGUUGGUGUUAAAAUGCGCCCUAUUUAGUGUCAUUUCAUUUCAUUACUUUUGUUUUAUUAUAUUUAUAUUUAUUCUAAGAUUCAUUUGUAUUAUGAUAUGAUAUUACUAACAUUCUUUUAUAUUGUGAUAUGAUGUUACUAACAUUCUUUUAUAUUGUGAUAUGAUGAUACUAAAAUUCAUCAAUAAUGUGAUAUUUCAUAAGUAAUAUAUGUCAUUUCGUUCUAAUAAAAAAUUUUAAAACCGCA